GCAUCACCUAUAAAAUGUGAUCUGGUUGUUCCUCUCUUCACUGUCACGGAAGCAAUGGCUGUCGUUUGGCUCUCGGUUGUUCUGGCAUGGAUGGUCCUCGUGGACAAAGGCCUUUGUUUUCCAGCCGGUGCCGCUAUGCAAGAUCAGGCUGGUGUUUGGACUAAAAAUGAUGAGGCCAAUGAUGCGGACCUUAGUACUCUUAAUCUUCUCCAAGCUUGGGGUUCUCUAUUGGAGCAGCACACUAAAGAAAUGCUGACAACCAAUGAAGUGGAAAUUGAUACGGUGUAUAACCUGGGAAAGAUUGCCUAUCUUGAUAAGCCAGUGAUGUCCACCAACACGUCUUCAGCCCACCAGCAGUACGACAAGCCCGUGAUGGCCACCAACACGUCUUCAGCCCACCAGCAGUACGACAAGCCCGUGAUGGCCACCAACACGUCUUCGACGCACCAGCAGUACGACAAGCCCGUGAUGGCCACCAACACGACGCACCAGCAGUACGACAAGCCCGUGAUGGCCACCAACACGACGCACCAGCAGUACGACAAGCCCGUGAUGGCCACCAACACGACGCACCAGCAGUACGACAAGCCCGUGAUGGCCACCAACACGACGCACCAGCAGUACGACAAGCCCGUGAUGGCCACCAACACGACGCACCAGCAGUACGACAAGCCCGUGAUGGCCACCAACACGACGCACCAGCAGUACGACAAGCCCGUGAUGGCCACCAACACGACGCACCAGCAGUACGACAAGCCCGUGAUGGCCACCAACACGACGCACCAGCAGUACGACAAGCCCGUGAUGGCCACCAACACGACGCACCAGCAGUACGACAAGCCCGUGAUGGCCACCAACACGACGCACCAGCAGUACGACAAGCCCGUGAUGGCCACCAACACGACGCACCAGCAGUACGACAAGCCCGUGAUGGCCACCAACACGACGCACCAGCAGUACGACAAGCCCGUGAUGGCCACCAACACGACGCACCAGCAGUACGACAAGCCCGUGAUGGCCACCAACACGACGCACCAGCAGUACGACAAGCCCGUGAUGGCCACCAACACGACGCACCAGCAGUACGACAAGCCCGUGAUGGCCACCAACACGACGCACCAGCAGUACGACAAGCCCGUGAUGGCCACCAACACGACGCACCAGCAGUACGACAAGCCCGUGAUGGCCACCAACACGACGCACCAGCAGUACGACAAGCCCGUGAUGGCCACCAACACGACGCACCAGCAGUACGACAAGCCCGUGAUGGCCACGACCACUGCCUCAGCCAGUCCAGAUGAAGUGUCAGCAGUUGAUGUUUGAAGACGUUACAAUGCUGUUGUGAAAACUAAUAAAAAGCAACUUGUUACUUACAGUGAAA